GCGUAGAUCCUCUCCUGCCCGAUUUGUGCAAAACAGGCUGUUUGUGUUCGAGUUCCGAAGAAUUUGAAAUGGUGAUGUAAUGAACAAUAGCUUGUCUUCCGCCGGGAUGCUGGUCUGCCAGGGAGGCUGGACUAACCCGCCUCAAAAUGUUUUAUCAGAACGGGACACACCAGCUGGGAAAACGGCCGACUUGUUGCUUGUGGAGAAACAGUCGAAUUGUUUCUUGUAACAGAUGCAUCUGGGUUAUAUACGGUCACACAGGCGAUAAGACAAAUAAGACAUUUGCAACAACAAAUGCUCAGAUAGCUAAUAGUUUUUGUGCCUUUUUCGAGUAGCCAGCAAACUGAGAGCGCGCGCGCAGGGGGGUUCCGUAUCAUUGGGUUUUUCUACCUGUUCGGCUGGAGUGAAAUGUGAAGCGCGCGGAGAGCAUCACUGAAGCGAAGCGGACCCUCUCCGACACACACACACACACACACACACACACACACACACACACACACACACACACACACACACACUGGCCGCAGAUCGCUCAGUUCGUCGCGGACCCUUUAAAGAGUGCUGUACCGAAACAGCGCAACACCUGAAAGCCUAUCUGUGUAGGAGGUAGGGGUGGAGGGAGGUGUGCGGUUGGUGAUGGAGAGCACUCUGUCAGCGAGGGAUCGGGUGGGGGUGCAGGAUUUCCUGCUGCUGGAGAACUACACCAGUGAAGCUGCCUUCAUCGAGAACCUGCGCCGUCGCUACAAAGAGAACCUCAUAUAUACGUAUAUUGGCUCUGUGUUGGUGUCAGUGAACCCGUAUAAAGAACUGGAGAUCUACUCUAAACAGCACAUGGAGCGCUACCGAGGAGUCAACUUCUAUGAGAUUUCACCUCACAUCUUUGCAUUAGCAGAUAACUCGUACCGUGCAGUGCGGACUGAGAGGAGGGAUCAGUGUAUUCUGAUCUCAGGGGAGAGUGGUGCGGGUAAAACCGAGGCAUCCAAAAAAAUCCUGCAGUACUACACCACCAUGUGCCCUACACGCCACAACACACACUACAUCAGAGAGAGACUACUGCAGUCCAACCCUGUGCUGGAGGCGUUUGGUAACGCUAAAACGCUGCGCAAUGACAACUCCAGCCGCUUUGGUAAAUACAUGGAUGUGCAGUUCGACUACAAGGGAGCUCCGAUCGGCGGACACAUCAUCAACUACCUGCUGGAGAAGUCUCGGGUGGUGCACCAGAACCAUGGAGAGAGGAGUUUUCACAUCUUCUACCAGCUGCUGGAGUCAGGAGACAACUCACUGCUGACGAGACUUGGACUUCAGAAGACCAACCCUCAACACUACCACUACCUGGUUAAGGGCAACUGUCCAAGGGUGAGCUCGAUCAGUGAUAAGCACAGCUGGAAAAUUGUUACCAAAGCUUUCACUGUCAUUGGCUUCAAUGAGGAGGAGGUGGAGGAGCUCUUGAAGGUAGUUGCCAGUGUUCUGCAUUUGGGAAACAUGCAGUUUGGGGUAGACGAGUUUGAGGAGACACACGUCACCACAGACACUCAGCUCAAAUACCUAGCUGAGCUGUUGGGUGUGGCGGGGUCAGCGCUGAGUGAAGCCCUUACGCAUAAGAAGCUUGUCGCCAAAGGAGAAGAGAUGAUCAGCCCCUUAAACCUGGACCAGGUUCUCUCUGCUCGAGACGCCCUGGCCAAAGCCAUAUAUGGUCGCACCUUUACCUGGCUUGUCCAGAAGAUCAACCAAUCACUGGCCUUUCAGGAUGAGGUGUACUACACCAGCAAGUGCUCCUCAGUCAUCGGCCUGUUGGACAUCUACGGCUUUGAAGUCUUUCAGCAGAACAGUUUUGAACAAUUCUGUAUUAAUUACUGCAAUGAGAAGCUGCAGCAGCUGUUCAUUGAACUCACACUGAAGAGUGAACAAGAGGAGUACGAGGCUGAGGGCAUCGGGUGGGAGACGGUGGAAUACUUCAACAACAAAAUCAUCUGUGACUUGGUGGAGGAGAAAUUCAGAGGCAUCAUUGCCAUUCUGGAUGAGGAGUGUUUAAGACCGGGGGAUGCCAGUGACAUCACCUUCCUGGAAAAGCUUGAAGACACACUGGGAGGCCAUGCCCAUUUUGUUACUCAUAAGCUAGCCAAUGGGAAGACCCGUAAGGCUGUGGGGCGGGAGGAGUUUCGGCUGCUGCAUUACGCAGGAGAGGUCAACUACAAUGUUACCGGGUUCCUAGACAAAAACAACGAUCUUCUGUAUAGGAACUUAAAAGAGGUGAUGUGCCAGUCAGGGAAUCAGAUAGUGAAGCAGUGUUUUCACCCUGAUGAACUCAUAGACCAAAGAAGACCAGAGACAGCUGCUACCCAGUUUAAGCUGAGUCUGGCUGGGCUGAUGGACAUUCUGAUAUUGAAGGAACCAUCAUACAUGCGAUGCAUCAAACCCAACAAUGGCAAACAGCCAGGGCAGUUUGAGGAGGUUCUGAUCAGACACCAGGUCAAGUAUCUGGGCCUGAUGGAGAACCUGAGAGUGAGAAGAGCCGGAUUUGCAUAUAGGCGAAGCUUUGAGGCUUUCCUGCAGAGGUAUAAGCCUCUGUGUCCGGACACCUGGCCAAACUGGCGGGGCCAGCUGUUGGAUGGUGUCUCCACUCUUGUCAAACACCUGAACUACAAACCUGAGGAGUACAGACUGGGCAGGACCAAAAUCUUCAUUCGCUUCCCAAAGACCCUCUUCCUAACGGAGGAUGCACUGGAAAUCCGGAAAAAGACCAUUGCCAUCACACUGCAGAAGUGCUGGAGAGGCUACAGGGAACGAGCCAAAUACCAGCGCAUCAGACACGCAGUGAUCAUGAUCCAGUCAUGGUGGAGAGGAGUCAAAGGACGCAGGAGGGCUAGACAUCGCAGACAAGCUGCAGACACAAUCCGCAUGUUCAUAAAAGGCUUCAUUCUUAGGAAUGAGCCUCGUUGUCCUGGUAACGAGUACUUUCUGGAUCAUGUGCGGUUCUCUUACUUAAUGACAAUCAAACGGAACCUGCCAAAAAGUGUUCUGGACAAAGCCUGGCCAAGACCACCUCCAUCACUCACAGAGGCCUCUGCGUAUCUGCACCAUCUCUGCAUACGCAACCUUGUGAAUGACUACUGCAGGAAAGUCCAGCCUGAGUGGAGGAAUCAGCUGGAACAGAAGGUUGUAGCCAGUGACAUGUUUAAGGGUCAGAAAGACAAUUACCCUCAAAGUGUUCCCAGACUGUUUGUAGGCACAAGACUAGAGAAUGAAGAGAUCAAUCUCAAAGUACUGCAAACUCUUGGAAGUGAUAACAAGGUGAAGUACGGUGUGGCGGUGACUAAGUACGAUCGUCAUGGUUACCGUGCACGGCCACGGCAGCUCCUCCUAACCGCAUCCACUGCCGUAUUGGUGCAGGAGUCCAAAGUCAAGCAGCGCAUUGACUACACCUCCCUGCUAGGUGUCUCGGUCAGUUGUCACAGUGAUGGAUUCUUUGUUCUGCAUUUGCCUCCUGCCACCAGCAAGCAGAAGGGUGACCUUGUGCUGCAGUGUGACCAUGUGAUUGAAACCGUCACCAAACUGGCCAUCAUGGCUGAGAAAAUACACAACAUCAAUAUCAGUCAGGACAGUAUCAAGUUUGCAUUAGCCAGGGGAAAGGAAGGAGUGAUUGACUUCACGCCUGGGGCAGAGCUGAGAGUGAUCAAAACCAAAAAUGGACACCUGGCAGUGAUGGCUCCACGAAUCAGCAGCAGCGUAUGAUCACAUGUCCACCCGUCACAGCGCACCAUAAAGAAGGAGUCACUACGGACCAGUUGUUUACUGAAGAGUAUUCUGCUUCAGCCAAUCAGCAUACAAAAGCCACAGAUGUUGUCAUUCUAUUUCUCUCUUUUUAGCAGCGUAUCCAGAACUUCUAUACUGAAGAGAAAAUGAUGCUUAAAUGUUUUAAUAUUUAAGUGCAUUCACUAACCUUUUACACUUAAGCCAUUUAUCAAGACUAAUGAAAGGAAUUCUAAUCUUUAUAGUAACUAUUGUUAUUAUUGUUUUUGUUGUUGUUUCAGAUUUGUAGUCAUAUUGUGUUGUUUAGGGGAUCUUGGUAUUUGGCCCAGUGUUUAUUUGUUCUGUUUUCCUGGCUUCUGUUUUCCGGGGAAGGUAUUAUCGCUUCUUUUUUGACCCCGUUAUUCGCAGGAUAGUCUGCCCCCAUUGAUUCACACCUGAGAUGUUCUCCGUUUAACACAGCCCAUCGUGGUGCACAGCAGUAAGGCAGAUCAGCUGUUCAUUAGAUCAUAUACAGAAUAUUCCGGUGUGCAGAUCAGAUGAUCUAAGUCAUGUGAACAAGAUUCCUGGUUUAGCACCAGUUUAGUACCCGUUGAAAGCACACUGGAAAUGCACUUCUGUGCUGUCAGUCGAUGAAAAAGACAAAACUUUGUUGGUGAAAUGUGACUUCACCUCUAGCUGUAUUAUGAGUCAACAAAGCUACAGCACCACUUCAGGUAUAGCAACGUUGAAACACAGAUGAACAAUGAACACAGUGACAGUAAACCACAUUAGUGCACCAAAGCAAAAACCUGGAACCCCUUUUAAAAUGUCAUUUCUAAACCUUUAAACAUUGAGUUAAUUAGACUAGCGAGAAUUUUGCCAGUUGUGAAAGCAGUUCAUCGUUGGUAAAGGAUUCAUUUCGAUAGCUGAGCUACUUUACUGCUCCCUCAUGACCUGUGACACCAAACGUCAAGCCACAGUACUCAGAUGUGGAUUGUUUCUAGAAUGUCCCUAAUAUUUUGUAUCGUUGACUCAAGCUUGUCUUCCUUGACAUUUUGCACUUAUAGACAAAGCAUUUUCACACCUCUUGCAGACACUAUUGUUCUGACUUUCCACGAAUGCUGUACCCAAUGACAUCACCUUCCUGAUGUGUCGUGGCUUUAGGUAAAAUGAAGUUUCAUCUAAGGUGCAAUGCUGUGUAGAUUUGAAGACUGAAACAUCUGCUCUGUGCUAGGCUACUUCCAGCCUUGACACAAACAGCUUAGCCAUUUUUUAAAGGUUCCCUCUGCCAUUUGAGUUCAGAAAAGCAGUGACCCCACCUCAGCUGACCACAAAGGGAAAGAGCUGGUGUAUGUGCAACCCUGUUCUAAUGCACAGUCACAGUACACAACUCGAUAGUAAAACAGAAAGGCAUUAGCCCUGAAAGAAAUUUCAUUUUGAAGAUUUGUUUAAAAAGCUUUGUUUACGUAGUUUAACAAACAGUAGAAUCAGAACCAUUUAUGGGUGUACAAUGGGCUAAAGUUGUCCCAGGUUCUUCAGACAAAACAUUGGAAUCAGGGUAAUGUAAACGAUCCAGCUUUAAAAAUCACAGCGUGGGGCUUCAAAGAUCCUUCUUGCCAUCUUAGGCCUGCCAAAGUGCUGGAAUGAACUUUGACCUGACUGCUGAUGCAAGUCCCUGACUGAGGGGUCAUAAACCUGGGGGUCAGACAUGGACCUGCAGCAGUGUUUUGUUAGACAGUGUUUUCCACAGACGAUAAAAGGCACCCCGACCUACUCCUAUGUGCAUGCUCCAACCUUGCAAGAAGAUGAAAAAGUCCUAAUUGCUGUUUGAGUGCUGUUUGAAUUCUGUGUGAACACUGUUUCAAUACAUUUUAAGGACUUUGGCCACUGCCAUAGAUUUCCAGGAUUUGUUUUGUACGUAUCUUGCAUCUGUUUGUUUUCAGCUUGAGGUGUUACUGAUGCAGACUAUUUAGAUGUUUUGGUAAUGUUUGUUUUAUGCCUGGUUUGUUUCUUGUAGGCCGAUGCAUUAGGAAUAAGCAGAAGGGUAGAAUUUUGCAUUAUUUUGACGCGCAGGUUUUAAUGUACUAACAUGCCUUUAAACACUAACUACUAGCCUGGAUUGUGCAGAUGAGUCCUGUAGUUCUACAGUUGAGAUACUGGUUCACAAGAAUGCUGCCAUUGACAAUUCUUUUACUGUUUCCUGCAUCUGUCCACAUUUGGACAUGGAUACACACAUU